CUACCAUAAACACGGCGCUCCAGGGGUGAGGACGCGGACGUCCACCUCCCAGACCCAGGAGCCCAGGAUCCGAGGGCUCAGCGGCGGCGGCGGCUGAGCGUGAGCCCUGGACGGGCUCCAGGCACCCACCCAGGGGGCAGCCAGGGGCCCCAGAGUGGAGGUGGCCUCAACCGAGGACACUCUUGCUCGCCCGGGCAGAGGGCCCCGCGCUGCAGAGCCAUGAGGCUCCUUCUGCUCCUCUGCUUAGCCGCCACCAGCAGCUCUGCGAAGCAGGAAGAGCCCGUGUCCCAGCUGCAGGCUGACUUCACCCUGCUGGACAGAGGAUCAGGCCCCAGGGUAGAGGUGUCCUGCCAGGCGGCCUCAGGCAGCCCACCCAUCACCUACCGCCUGGUCGAGAGGGAUGAGCACAUCUACAUGUGGCAGAGACCAGACGAUGAGCAGCCUGCCAACUUCUCCUUCCCACUGACCCAGCUGUCACACUGGUUCCAGUGCCAGGCUGCAAACAACAUCAGCUUCCAGUGCAGCGCCUUCACGCUGGUGCCCCCAGGACAGCUGCCCCAUGGACCCAUCUUCCUGCUGGCUGGUGUCAUCUUCAUCGCAGCUAUGGCUUCUUGGAACCUGGGCUGGAUGAUGUGGAUCAGAGACAGCGUAAGGCCCCUGCAGAACCACCCUCCACCCUCACAGACACACACCCAGAGCCUUCCCAGUUUGGACGCUUGGAACCAUUUCCGGAAAGAACUGGAAUAAACUCUGCUCCCUGCCUGUCA